AUGGCGCUCCACUGGGAGGUGUGCGAAGCCACACCCCACUUUCCUCAAGUUCCCCGUUGGCAAGGUCUGGGUUUAACCAUGCCAAAGAGGAGAGAUCAGAUGGAACGACGCGUACGUUUUGCCAAUUUUGCUGAGGGUCUCUUUGAGGAUCAGUUUGAAGACACAUGGAAUCGAUUUGUUCUUUCACAUCGCGAUGAAUGUCAACAAGUUGGACCACAACUACAUCCCAACGGUUCGAAGAAGUCGCUGGGUGAUACUUUGUUUUCGUUGUGGAAUCCCUCCUGUUUGAACACAUCAUGCCAAUGGCCACUUCGUCAACACCGUAUCAAUGAUGAGUGGCACAAUGUUCCGUCUCAAUGGCUCACACAGGACGGUCUGCCACAAGAUCAAGUGCCUGGCGACGACCAUUUCAACCUGAAUGAAGCGCCCAACACGAUCCAGGAGCUCUACAACACGUUUUUGGAGCACCAUCUUGUUGAGGGGCCAAGAUUGGAGGAAGCUAUUCACCUUCGAACAUGGUAUCUUCAUCAUGGACAGGUUCGUCAGUGGAACACACCUCGCAUCAUAGAGCUCGAUGGACAUUGGAGGCAUUGGGCCAGAUCUAUUGCAGAGGGUUGGCACGACCAUGUCCGAAUUGAUGAAGACAUUGCCUUUUACGUCUGUCGACCAGAUCCGCCAAGAAAUGCUCCAAUACAAUAUGAGAUUUAUUUUGACCUCAUUUUGACUCAGGGGCUUGAGAUGCCAUCGUGGGCUGGACUUAUCACUGUUCUACGAGCAGGAGAUCGCGCUGCGAGAGCCGAAUACAGUUUGGCUGUUUCACUUCCUCAGUUUGUGAGUGGUUUUCUUCUUGCUCAAGAGGCACAUCAACUUCAGCAAUGCCAUCUUCGUGGAUGCAGACUAUGGCAUGCGAGAACGGAGAUACCACUCAGCAUUGAUCCUGUGCACGCUAUGAGCAAUGGGGACACCUUCAUCAUUGAACCUGCAAGAAGCAGUGCUGCGGCAUCGAGCGCCAAUGCUGAGCCUCCCAUUGCAGAUGUGCAGAUGGAUUAUGAGUGGGAUGAUCAUCAACAAGCAGAUCAACCUGAUCAGACUCAUGAUGGCCCUCCUGAUGAGGAUUCCUCAUCAUCUGAGCCGCCACCUGACCUACAAGCAGUGCACAUUUACAGGUUGGGCCAGCUACCUAUCUUUGGUCACCUUGACUGGCGAUCCUAUCAUGCUGCGCUUCGAGACGCAACGCAACUGGUCCGUGCUCACAUGAAUCAUUUCGUGGGUUUUCAUUAUGUGCAUGCUAGCCUCACAGGUCAUCAAGCUGGAGAAGAAGCAAUUAUACUCCAGCACAUUCAUGACAUUGCGGUUGGGUCCCUGGAGAAACUUGUCAUUGUGGAUGUAGUGUUCCAUUCGAACAGACUGCAUCAUGGAGUACCUGCCAAUCCGGCAGCCACCAGAGAGGUAUACAAGGUGCAACCUCUGUUGGCAAGGAGACACCUCCUUUUGAUGGCACAAGUGGAUGCUUACUGCACUUGGAUGGCCGACACCUGCAUUGUUGAGCACAAUGGCAACGUUUGGCACCACAAUGACCCACAACUGCGCCACAUCGAACAUGGCACUGUUUUUCGAAUCCAGCUUCCACCACCUAUGAAUUCUGCAUGGGACAUAGGACAAGUUGUCCGUGUAGUUCACGAGAGUGGCGAAAUUCUGGACUUCCCCGAAGCUGGACAAUUGGCGUCCUCAAUUCUUGAUGGCAAUGUGGACCACAACAGGCUGGCCUUCGGCACUGAGGUACGCAAUGGAGCGAGACUGGUCACCUGCAAGGGAAAUGAACAAGUCGAGGACAUUGACAUCCCGACUACUUUUCCUCCUGGUACUAGGCAGCCACGACUCCGACCCAAACAUGAUGGCAACUUUGAAUGGUUGGACCGCUUAGUUGAGGUCUUUCGUGCACAUGCAGAAGCCGAAACUAUCGAGGGGGAUCCUUUGCUGUAUGUCCAGACUUGGUACAUCCACCAUCGACGUCUCCGAAAAUGUCCUGACCCCAGACCAGUCAGGCUGGACAAUGCCAUCAUUGGGUGGAUCGAAGAGUUCAGAUUUGCAUGGAGAGACCUUCUUGACCGCCAUGAAGUUUUCAGCAUCCAUGUAGUACGCCCACGUCCACCUCAACUGCGUCUACAGUCAUAUGCUUGCCACGUGAUUUUGGUACAGGCACCACUGCCACAGCAAGCGGCUGGUAUCAUCACGAACCUUUUUGAAGGCGUUGACCGAGAUGCCAUUCAGCAAUUUGCGCUCUCUUUCCCGAAGAGAAUCAACAAGCCCUUGGUCAUUGAAGAACUACGCCUUCAACCACAAUGUGACACGAGAAGAUGCACAAUACACGCCUGUGGAGAACCUGUUCACCUGAUCUUGAUGACAGAACUGCCUGAUGGUUUCAAUCUCUGCACGCGCAUCUCUGAUCCUACGGCACAACGACCCAUUCUACCUCAUGCUGAGCCUGGGCAUUUUGAGGAUGUUGUAUUCAUGCAGACAGGACAACCUCAGCAGCAGGCAGCAACUGGGUCAAGCCACAGUGGGUCUUCGACACAGCACAUAGUUUGUGGCAGCUUUGCGCUUAACCCUGAUGCUCAGCCAUUUGUGCCAGGGGCUCUUCCUCUGGAAGCGAUGUCUGAGUUUGUGCAAGACCUUCAUGAAAUCUGGCAGCAAGAAGCAUUUGCAUGGGAACAUGAAGAAAAAUCAUGUGUGUUCACCACGUGGCUUGUGCAUCAUCCUCUUGACUACAAGCACUGCGCUCGGCCACGCAAUGUGCGCCUGCAUGAAUGGUUUGUCACGUGGGAAGACAAAAUACGCCAAGCUUGGCAAGAUGAGAUGGAGGAGGGCUCAGAACUUGAGUUUCAUCUUGUGCAACCAACGCCGCCACAAGCUGGCCACAAUGUGGCAGGACACAUCAUUGUCAUCAGGAAUCAGAUCGAAAAUCUAGUUACGAAUCUGGUCACCAUCAUUGACCGUACACAGAAUGCCAACCAUGGACGUGUCCAACGGAUGGCAGUGACCACAAGGGAGCAUCUCUUGCUAGAAGAAGUACUUGAGGCUGUGGGCUACGAUGGAGCUUGCCUUCCCAACGAUGCUCCUCUAAACUGCAGAGCAUGGAUUGGGGACGAACGUCUCCGUCCUCGACGUCCAUUUCCAGGCAGAAGUGGCCACAGCAUCCUGAUUCAUCUGCACCACAGGACACGCCCUGCAGGAGAUGAACUUCAUCUGCUGCAGUUGACAAAAAUUUUAUCGGCAGACGAGCGCCUAACACAGAGACCGGUGGCUCAUAUCUCUGGGCCGUCUGACCGAUUAUCAGACACAUCCUAUGCUGGACAUUUCCCUUGCGAAGAUGAAAGGGAGGAUGAGAUAGCAACUGCAGCUGUUCAUCUUAUCCGAGGACAUGAUGACCUCACACACCUUCCUUCGUUUGUGGAAGUCACAUCCCCAGCCACCAUCGACAAUGUCAAGAGUGAGCUGUCCUGUUUUGGAGUUGAAUGCAAGGUUUUUCUUUUUGGACAUGGUGAUCAUGCACUUUGCCUACCCACCCAUUGGGUCCCGGCACAUGAUGAGCACCAUUUUGCGUAUAUUGACAUGUGUCCUACAACUAGCUCAACUGUCUUCAUGCAUACGAUGUUGAACUUUGACAAGGAUGACACCUUGCAUCACAUGCGCUUUCUCUACAGCUUGGGUUUUGAGAAGGCAGUCAUCAUGAACCAGGUGCAGCACUGUCCUGGACUCACGGAGAUCCAAUUCAUGGUGUCUGUGGGUCAGAUUGAGUCUGAUCAUAGGACUCCGAAACCAGCAUCUGCAUGGCCUGAACGUCAACCGCAGAAACCGGAUGGACCCAUGUAUGAAGUCCCAGUUUGCGGCACUACACCAGCAUGCCUCCUGCAUUUGGGAGUGACGAGUGAUCAGCUUUUGGCAUUCUUUUCGCACUCUCAAGAUCAUGAGUUGUGCAAGAUUGUUGACGGCCUGGAUCUCCCUGAGGUUGUAACAGUGCACCUGCAACAACUUCAGCCCAUUGACCGCAUUGACCGCAUCAUUAUCUACACGGAUGGUUCAUCCCAUUCAGGCCGCUACCACUUAGCGCCAGAGCGUGUAGAGGAACAGCAGAUUCCGGAUGCUUGGGCUUUUGUUGCCUUGGGAGAACAGUACCAUGAAGCUGGUUCUACAUAUACCCUUCUUGGUUGGAAAGCCCAUCAAGUCCGCUGUGCUGAAGAUCAUCCCUGGCAUAUUGGGUCACGAGCCAUCGGACCAUGGGUGGCAGAAAGGGAGGCAAUGCUAUGGGCCCUCAUUUGGAGAAUUGGCCUUAAUUGCCGCACCCCGACGGUGUUUCGUUCGGACUCGUCUUUGACUAUUGGACAGGCUGAAGGAACACUUGGAGCUGCCCACUAUGACGAUACCUUUGGACUCCUACGAGGAUGCCAUCAACUGCUUUCAGCAGCUCUGCCUGACGAUUGCAUCCGGCUGGAGCACAUAUAUGGACACAACAACGAUCCUUGGAAUGAGAUGGCUGAUCAUUUGGCCAAGUUGGAGGCGCGGAAGGGACUGUUUCUUCCUCGAGGAGACUUCUGCAUUGCCCCAUGGCGAUCUCUCAUUCCUUACCUCUGGAUGGUUUUUGGACAUCAUGAUGGCCUGCCCCAGCACUGUCAUGAAGGUUUUGCAAUACCAGCUCCCAAAUUGCCACCGCCUUGUCAAGUGACUCCCCUGGAGCUGCGACACGCCCCACUUGAGGUUCGGUUUGCCAUCAGUUUUGCGACUGCCAAUGUGCUCUCUAUGAGUUCACGACCACAUGGACAUGCAGGAAAGGUGCAUUACCUUCGUGAACAAUUGGUUAGCCAUGGUUUGAACUUUGCAGGCUUUCAGGAAACCAGAGGACAAGCGGGGGCUUCACUGGUUGAUCAUGUCUUUCGUCUCUGCGCAGGGAGCAAAGGAGGUCAACAUGGAGUGGAACUGUGGUGCAAUCUCAAGCAGCCAUAUUGCCAGGUCCAGGGAAAGUCCCAGUUCUUUUGCAAAAAUGAUUUUGUGGUGCUGCACGCUGACCCGCAGAGACUCCUUGUCAAAGUUGAUGCCAAAUGGAUCACCUUGUGGGUUUUUGUCUUGCAUGCACCCCAUAGCGGGCUUCCCACUCACCAGCGUGAAGCGUGGUGGAAUGACACUAUCUCCCUUCUCACAGAUUUCAAUGUCCCAGCUGAUCAGUUAUUUGUUUGUGCUGAUGCGAACGCUGCGCCAGGGGCUUCAGAUGGUCGACAUGUUUUUCAAGAAGGGUUUGCAACUACAAGUUCUACAACUUUUCUACGCAAUUUCCUGGUAACCUUCGAACUCUGCUUGCCUGCAACGAGCUCGAUUCAUGAAGGUCCCAGAGAAACAUGGAUGCAACCCAAUGGGCUCAUGGCACACCAAAUUGACUUUGUCAUGGUGCCUACCAGACUUGCGGCAAGCUGCACGUUCUCGAGCCUCUUGGAGAACUUUGAUCUUGCGAACCAAGCUGAAGACCACACAGCCACGGCUGUGGAGCUACGCUGGUCGCAAAUUUCAUCCAGACCCCUCAAGGCGACAACCUUCUCCACCAAGCCAUCGUUUGCCAGAGAGGAGAUCAACAAGUCCAAUUUGAAAGUUGGGAUGCGAGCACUUUCCACCUCUACAUGGACUUGCGAUGUGGAAACGCACACGGGCCAUAUGAACAACCAACUACAUUUUCUUCUCCAUCGUGCAUGUGCCAUCACCAAAGGUGCACCCAAGCGACCGUAUGUCUCCGACGCUGCUUGGGCACUGAGACGGCUCAAACUGCAACAUCGGAAGGAAUUGAAAACUGCGCGGGCACUUUUGCACAGAGAAACCCUUGCCCGUAUUUUUGCAGCUUGGAGGGCACCUUCUGCCCAGCUUCUUGAGAUGUCCUUUGUCUUCGGAUCUUCUCUACGAUGUGGCCUUCUCAAGCACUACAUUGGUUUCAAACGCUUUGCAGCGGCUUUACAAAGAGACCUUGCAGGUGAAAAGGCCCGACAUCUCAAGGAAACCUUGGACACCUUUGACGAAGGCACUGCUGCAUCUGAGAUUCAACACAAAUUGAAAGGAUUCUUGGGAUCCUCGAACAAGCUACGUCAAGGCCUUGCUCCGCUACCAACACUUCGCAAUACCAACAAUUUGCCCUGCAGUUCCUCGACUGAGAUUUUGAAGCCUUUUAUCGAGUCCUUCGACAGCUUGCACUGCCGGGAGAAGCUGGCACAGGCGCAUGUCCUAUCCGCUGUCCCACGACAGGAGGGGAUGGAGUUGUUCAAUGUGGAGGUCAAAGAAGGAGCGAUGCGAUUCAAGUGCAGCAAUUUUCAUCAGCGAAUUCGAAGCCUGUUAGCAGAUUAUGCUUUGUGGAGGGCGCCUGAAAGAUUCGCCCAGCUCACAGAUGAAGCACCAACUUUCGGUUGUAUGCUCUGUCAACAGCGCUGCCGAUCCAGAGGAGGAGAGGGUGCGCACAUGUGCAGGAAGCAUGGACAGGUUCAACAGAUCAGGCACUAUAUUGCUGGCACGCAAUGCAUGGCUUGUCUGAAGGAGUACCACACAAUUGGGCAGAUUCAGCAGCAUCUCUUGCGCAGUGCGGAAUGCCAAGCUUAUCUUCUCCAUCAUCGACUUCACGGAGCAGUUCUUCCAGGCAUUGGGUCUAAGGACAACACAGCUCUUGCGCAGGAGCAUGAUGGGCGAUUGCCACCGUUGCAAGCUAGUGGACCGGCGAAACCUCAUCGAGGUGGUUUGGAUUUCUCCUUGGUCGACUACGAGCUGCACGAUGCGCUGGCAUUGAUCAUUGUGGAUGGGCAGGUGACUUCAGAUCUUGAAGGUUUGGAAGGUCUCCUUCGAGCAGAGAUUCUCCAGCGGCCCAUUUCUUGGACCAGAUGCAGCACCACCCUACGAGAGCUAGUGGACACUGUGACGGCCGAACCUUUGGGAUGGGAAACCUUGCCGAAGGAAGCGGUUCUCAUCAUUCUCCAGCGCUUGUCCAUGACUGCGUCGUGGCCCUUCCUUGUGGAUGCGAAGCUGCCGGACGAGCACUACGUUGAUACACUGGAGAACAUGGAGCAGGAUUGUCGAGACGAGGUAUUGCAAUGCCCCCGAGAAGGAGGUACAUUUGUACACCGACCAUGUGGUCGACACCAGAUUGUCCUACAUGCGUUUAGUGGCAGACGUCGACCAGGGGACUUGCAAUUCUACAUGGAGCAGAUGUAUGACCGUGCUGCAGAGGGCAUUCAUCUGACUGUAGUUUCCCUCGACAUCAUCACGGACCCGGUCAUGGGAGAUGUCACGGUUCAAGCGACGCAAGAUUUCUGGUUCCACUAUGCUACAUGCGGAGCAGUGGCGGGCUUCCUUUGUGGCCCCCCCUGUGAGACCUGGAGUAGGGCCAGGUUUGUGCAGCUGGCGCAGUCUCAGCGGAAGAGUCCCAGACCGGUCAGGUCCGGGGAAGAGCUAUGGGGAUUGGCCUCCCUUAGCCUUAGAGAGGCCAGACAGGUGGGUGUGGGGAACCUCUUACUCUGCUUCGCCUUGGAGAUGCUCUUCCGCCUAGCGCUGGUCGAAGCAAGUGGAGUUUUGGAGCAUCCCGACACCCCACCAGAUGAAUCUAUGCCCUCCAUCUGGCGAUUGCCCAUCAUGGAAUGGCUCUUGCAGAUGCCUGGCGUGAGCACCUUUUCCUUUUGCCAGGGGUUGCUUGGUGCUCCUACGCCUAAGCCCACGCGACUUUUGGUGCUGAACAUGCGCGAUCUCAUGGGAGAACUCCGCCGACAUCAUCUUUGCCGAGAUCUUCCGGCGCGUGCAGCGAUAGGAAAGGAUGAAGGGGGAGCAUGGCAAACGACCAAGCUCAAGGAAUACCCCCCUGCAAUGAGCCGAGCUCUUGCAUCCAGUUUUGUUAAGACCCUUUCAGCUCGCCAGUUUGGAGAAACUGCGCAGCUGGAGGAGGCAUUUGUACAGAAGUGCGUGGCCAUGGACAUCAAGUCCUAUGGCACGAGGAUUGGCCAGGACUUUGCGGGCCAUUCCUGA